CUCACUCAGCAGCACUGACCCACUCUAGACCAGCAGAGGUUCAGAUCAGGAGCCCAGACCAGACCUACCUGUGGCUGACCUCGUCCUCCCCCUUAGGCUGCACACUCUGCCUGCUUUAAGGGGGGGAAUUACUUUAUGAGGCUUUGUAGUGGGAAUACUUCUGACACUUUCUGAGGAGCUGAACUCAACUCUACUUAGGAAACUUUACUUUUCUCCAUGGAUCGUGACUCAGGUGUCACUCUAUGAUUGCGUGAAGUCGUAGCCGAUCAACAGCAGCGUGAGGAUCAGAGGAGAGUACACCGACAGUCAGACCAUGGCCUGUAGACUCAGAUGGCUUCCACCUCUCACCAGGGGAGCUCUUCAUCUCCUGCUGCUGGCCAGGCUGGUGCUGCCUUCUCACACAGAGAGCAUGCCCAGCUUCAUCAAAUCCCCCGACGACCAGACAGGGAUUUCGGGAGGAGUGGCAUCAUUCGUAUGCCAGGCGGUGGGUGAGCCCAAGCCACGCAUCACCUGGAUGAAGAAGGGGAAGAAAGUCAGCUCUCAGCGCUUUGAGGUGAUUGAGUUUGACGACGGCUCAGGCUCAGUGCUGCGGAUCCAGCCUUUGAGGACCCAUCGAGACGAAGCCAUCUAUGAAUGCACAGCCACCAACAGUGUGGGAGAGAUCAACACCAGUGCCAAGCUCACCGUCUUAGAGGAGGACCAGAUCCCGCAUGGUUUCCCCACCAUUGACAUGGGGCCCCAGCUGAAGGUUGUGGAGAGAACACGUACGGCGACGAUGCUCUGCGCCGCCAGUGGUAAUCCCGACCCUGAGAUCUACUGGUUCAAAGACUUCCUACCUGUAGACAUCAGCAGCAGCAAUGGACGAAUAAAACAGCUGCGCUCAGGUGGUACACCAAUCAGAGGAGCGCUUCAGAUUGAGAACAGCGAGGAGUCGGACCAGGGCAAGUACGAGUGCGUGGCAGUCAACAGCGCCGGGACUCGCUACUCGGCUCCGGCUAACCUUUAUGUUCGAGAUCAACGGGAAGUUCGUCGUGUGCCUCCCCGUUUCUCCAUACCCCCCACCAAUCAUGAGGUCAUGCCCGGCGGCAGCGUCAACCUCACCUGCGUGGCCGUCGGCGCUCCCAUGCCUUAUGUAAAGUGGAUGAGCGGCGAGGUGGAGCUGACCAGGGAGGAGGAGAUGCCCAUCGGACGCAACGUUCUGGAGCUCACCAACAUCCGCCAGUCGGCCAACUACACCUGUGUCGCCAUGUCGUCCCUGGGCAUGAUCGAAACCACGGCACAGAUCAUCGUCAAAGCCCUGCCAAAGCCGCCCACUUCCCUCAUUGUGACAGAAACCACAGCCACUAGUGUCACCCUGACGUGGGACUCGGGAAACCCUGAACCAGUAUCCUACUAUGUGAUCCAGUACAGAGCCAAAGUGUCUGACAACGGCUUCCAGGAGGUGGAUGGAGUAGCCACCACCAGAUACAGCAUCGGGGGCCUCAGUCCGUUCUCUGAGUAUGAGUUUCGUGUCAUGGCAGUCAACAACGUGGGCCGGGGGCCACCCAGCGGCAUCGUGGACACCCGCACAAGUGAACAAGCGCCGUCGUCCCCUCCGCUCCACGUCCAGGCGCGAAUGUUGAGUUCCAGCACCAUGCUAGUUCAAUGGGAGUCCCCCGAGGAGCCCAAUGGACAAAUCCGGGGCUACAGGGUCUACUACAGCUCAGACCAUGAUGCCCCGCUCAGCGCCUGGCAGAAACACAAUACGGAUGACAGCCAGCUCACCACCAUCUCAGACCUGACAGCAGAUAUUACCUACAGCCUCAGGGUGUUGGGCUUCACUUCUGUUGGAGAUGGGCCGCCCUCUGAUGUCCUGCAGAUCAAGACCCAGCAGGGAGUUCCUGCUCAACCGUCUGAAUUUGAGGCCGAGGCUGAGCUGGACUCCCGUAUCAUGCUGUCAUGGCUCUGGCCGGUCCAGGACCCGAUCAUCGGCUAUGAACUCCUCUACUGGGAGGCCAGCAAUCCUGGAGACAAGCAUCGUAAAGCGUUUGAUGCGGCGGGCUCCUACGCCGUGGAGGGGCUGAAGCCAGACACGCUCUACAUGUUUUCCCUGGCAGCUCGUUCAGAGAUGGGCUUAGGUGUCUUUACUCAGCCGAUUGAAGCGAAGACGGCCCAGUCCACACCUUCAGCCCCUCCCCAGGAGGUCCGCUUGCUCAGCCCGACCUCCACCAGCAUCAAGGUGAGUUGGGUGGCCCCGCCUACAGACAGACGCCACGGGGAGCUAGUGCGCUACUCCAUAACCUACCAGGCAGUGACAGGGCCGGACACGGAGCGCCACCAGGUGUCAGGACUUGGCGCCGACGUCACCAGCUACACGCUGGAGGGCCUGGAGAGGUGGACUGAGUAUGUGGUGCGGGUGAGGGCCCAUACUAAUGUGGGGCCCGGCCCGGAGAGCCCCGCAGCCCGCAUCCGAACCCAGGAAGAUGUGCCCGGAGCUCCUCCCAGGAAGGUGGAGGCCGACGCCCUCAACUCCACGGCCCUCAGGGUGACCUGGAAGCCCCCGCUGUCUCUGAAACAGCACGGCCAGAUCCGAGGCUACCAGGUGAUCUAUUCCAGACUGGAGAACGGGGAGCCUCACGGUCAGCCGGUCAUCAUGGACGUUUCCUACGCAGACGCCCAGGAGGCCAUCAUCACAGGACUCCUCCCUGAGACCACAUACUCGGUGACUGUGGCUGCCUACACCACAAAGGGAGAUGGAGCUCGUAGUAAGGCCAAGGUGGUCACCACGACAGGAGCAGUCCCUGGCAAGCCUACGAUGAUGAUCAGCACCACCAUAGGAAACACCGCCCUAAUUCAGUGGCAGCCUCCUAAAGAGAUGGUUGGGGAGCAUAUUGGAUACCAGCUGCAGUAUAAGAGAGCAGAGGAGGCAGCUUUUACCAUCAAAGACUUCCGAAAGAUGGACGAUCAUUUCACAGUCACAGGCCUCCACAAAGGAGCCACCUACAUCUUCAAACUGUGUGCCAAAAACCGAGCGGGCAACGGGGAGGAGUAUGUGAAGGAGAUCAGCACCCCAGAGGACAUCCCCAGUAGUUAUCCUCAGAAUCUGAGCGUAGUCGGCCUGACCGCCACCUCCACCAAACUCUCCUGGGAUCCCCCGCCUCUGGCCGGGCGGAACGGGAAGAUCAUCAAGUAUGUGGUGGUGUACCGAGAUAUCAACAGUCAGCAAAACAGCACCAACACGACCACAGAAACACAGAUGACCGUGCAAGGUCUGCAGCCUGACACCACCUACGACAUCAGAGUCCAAGCUUUCAACAGCAAAGGAGGAGGACCCAUCAGUCCCAGCAUCCAGAGCAGGACCAUGUCCACCUCCAUGCCAGCAUUCACUAAGAAAUUUGGCGUGAAGGCUGUGAUGAAAACCUCUGUCCUGCUCACCUGGGAAGUGCCAGAAACCUACAAAUCUCAAGUGCCACUCAAGAUCUUGUACAACCAGCAGAGUGUUGAGGUUCCAGGCCACCUGAAGAGGAAGCUGAUCACUCAGCUGCAGCCAGACACCGAUUACUCCUUCGUGCUGAUGAGUCGUGGGAACAGUGCCGGCGGCCUCCAGCAGCAGGUUUCCAUCCGGACCGCCCCAGAUCUGCUGAAAACCAAACCGGCCCGGUACCAACACGGCCUGGAGGAGGGUGGGAAGGUGACCGUCAGUCUGCCCAAAGUCCCUACAGGAGCUGCCGUGAGGUGGUACUAUAUAGUGGUCGUCCCUGUCACUGCAGCUUCUCAGAGGAAAUGGGAGAACCCUGAAGACAUGGACAUAGAUGAGCUCCUGGAGGCCGGCGCUGACAGCAGCCUGCAGAGGAAGAAGAGACAGAGCCAGGACUUUCCUCAGCCCUACAUCGCUGCCAAGUUGGAAACUCUGCCUGAGACCUUCACUCUGGGCGAUGAGAAGACGUACAAUGGCCACUACAACAAGCCGCUCCCUGGACAACAGCAGUACCGCUGCUUUGUCCUCGCCGACCUGAUGGACCACGAGUCUCAGAGGACGUUUGCAGCCAGCCCAUUCUCUGAACCCAUCAUGGUGAACAGUGGGGUCCCCAUACCCCCCGAGGAGCCCGAGAUGUUGUGGGUGAUGGGACCGGUGCUCGCUGUCAUUCUCAUCAUUCUCAUUGUGAUUGCUAUCUUACUCUUCAAAAGCAAACAAGAAAGAAAACGAACUUCUCCGUCAUCCAAGGACGAGCACAUGGCGGGGGUAAAGGACUCACUGCUGGCCCACUCUUCAGACCCUGUGGAGAUGAGAAGACUCAACUAUCAAACACAAGGUUCCAGUGCCCUCAGUGUCCCGAACACUCCAAGGAUGAGGGAACAUCCUCCCAUUGCCAUCUGUGACCUGGCAGACCACAUAGAGAGGCUGAAGGCCAACGACAGCCUGCGCUUCUCCCAAGAAUAUGAGUCUAUUGAUCCAGGACAGCAGUUCACUUGGGAGCACUCUAACCUGGAGGUCAACAAGCCAAAGAACCGCUAUGCAAAUGUGAUCGCCUAUGACCACUCCAGAGUCAUCCUCACACCUGUAGACGGGGUUCCUGGUAGUGACUACAUCAACGCCAACUACAUAGACGGCUACAGGAAGCAGAAUGCGUACAUCGCGACACAAGGCCCGCUGCCAGAAACACUGAGCGACUUCUGGAGGAUGGUGUGGGAACAAAGGACCUGCACUAUCAUCAUGAUGACACGCCUGGAGGAGAAGUCACGGGUGAAGUGUGACCAGUACUGGCCCAGUCGAGGCACAGAGACAUAUGGGAUGAUUCAGGUGACCAUGCUGGACACUGUGGAACUGGCCACCUACAGCGUACGCACCUUUGCCCUGUAUAAGAAUGGCUCAAGUGAGAAGCGAGAAGUGCGACAGUUCCAGUUUAUGGCCUGGCCUGACCAUGGAGUGCCUGAGUAUCCUACCCCAACACUGGCCUUUCUACGCAGAGUCAAAGCCUGUAACCCUCCAGACGCCGGGCCCAUGGUGGUCCACUGCAGUGCUGGCGUGGGCCGGACGGGCUGCUUCAUCGUCAUCGAUGCCAUGCUGGAGAGGAUGAAACACGAGAAGUCGGUGGACAUUUACGGUCAUGUGACAUGUAUGAGAGCCCAGAGGAACUACAUGGUGCAGACAGAGGAUCAGUACGUUUUCAUCCAUGAGGCCCUGCUGGAAGCUGCAGCAUGUGGCAACACAGAAGUACCUGCCCGAAACCUGUAUGCCCACAUCCAGAAACUCACCCAGAUCCCUGCUGGAGACACUGUCACCGCCAUGGAGCUGGAGUUCAAGAAACUGGCCAAUUCUAAAGCACAUACCUCAAGAUUCAUUAGUGCCAACCUGCCGUGCAACAAAUUCAAGAACCGCCUGGUGAACAUCAUGCCUUUUGAGUCCACCCGCGUCUGCCUGCAGCCAAUCAGAGGUGUCGAGGGCUCCGACUACAUCAACGCCAGCUUCAUUGAUGGAUACAGGCAGCAGAAAGCGUACAUCGCAACCCAGGGCCCGUUAGCCGAGACCACAGAGGACUUCUGGAGAAUGCUGUGGGAGAACAACUCCACCAUCGUGGUCAUGCUCACUAAGCUGCGUGAGAUGGGACGGGAAAAGUGCCAUCAGUACUGGCCCGCUGAGCGCUCUGCACGCUACCAGUACUUUGUUGUGGAUCCCAUGGCUGAGUACAACAUGCCUCAGUACAUCCUGAGAGAGUUCAAAGUCACCGACGCCCGGGACGGCCAGUCGAGGACCAUCAGACAGUUCCAGUUCACUGACUGGCCUGAACAAGGAGUGCCAAAAACUGGAGAGGGUUUCAUCGACUUCAUUGGACAAGUUCAUAAAACUAAAGAGCAGUUUGGGCAAGACGGACCGAUCACUGUGCACUGCAGUGCUGGUGUUGGGCGGACUGGUGUGUUCAUCACCCUGAGCAUCAUCCUGGAGAGAAUGAGGUACGAGGGAGUGGUCGACCUCUUUCAGACCGUCAAGACGCUCCGAACUCAGAGGCCAGCCAUGGUGCAGACAGAGGACCAGUACCAACUGUGCUACCGGGCUGCUCUGGAGUACCUGGGGAGCUUCGAUCACUAUGCAACAUAACCCCACCCAGACAGACACCCUCAGAUGAGUUCGGUGUCUCCUCUGAGCCAUAAAUCCACUCAGCUCCAUCGGUCCCGACAGGCCUGAUGAGGAGGCUACGAGGAGGACUGAUGAGGAGGUGACAACAGGAGGAAAAACAAGCAAGACGUGAGAGAAGAGGCACCAGACAUCCUCCUUCUGGACUGAUGCCAUGAUUCUGCCACAGACGCCCCACACCGAACCCUCCCCACUCCCUCCCCCAACCCCCCAACCCCCACCCCCUUCCCCACCUCAACGCCGACCCAGGAAAACACGCCUCUGAUUCUGAACCGAACACUCCCCAUCACUCCCUGGAUUCUGCCUCCUCUGAAUAGCACAAACUAUUUUUCUGCUAUUUUCAUUUAUAUCCAUCACUGCUAUAUUGUUCUAAAUAUCUAGAAUUUAUUUUGUAUUCACUUACACUGGUUAUUAUUAUAUGUCUUAAUGGGUCUUUGCUUAUCUUUUUUUUUUUAAUGUUUAUUAGGACAUGUAUUUUCAACAUGCUCCGAGUUAUUAAUACUGCAGAGCACAUACUCACAGCUGCUAAUAAUUUUAUUUUGUACCAUAGCUAUGUUAUUCUGUUAUCAGUUGGUAUUAUUUAGGGGGAAAUGUGGGUUUUGACUUCCUGUCUUGAUAUCCAGCAGAAUGAUGAUACCUACCAAACAGAUCAAAUGAACAGAUAAAGCUUGUGAUCUACAGUAUGAAAUAAACCUGUGGCUGUAAACGUGACUACUGACAUCUGAA